AGCGGGGUAACUGACGCUAACAUGAUUAACCUGUCGCGGCAGUCCCGUGGCUAAUCUGGCCGUAGUGAUUUCCCCAAGUGAUGUGGUGGCCGGGGUACAUAAGACUGAGGACGGGGUCAGCUCGGCCACUCUCCGCUGACACAGUCAUGCUGACGCUACUUCUUCUGCCGGUGCUGAGUCUUCUGCUGAGGCUGCCCUCUACCCAGGCGGAGCCGAGGAACACACGGAGUGACGUUCGCACAAUGAUGGACAAACUUGACCCCAACUUCUGGCCUACGAGGGGUCGUCGAAGUUCCUCGUCUUCGGAGGAGGUACCCCCUCCCUUCUGGGCCAACCGGGGAAGAGCCAUCGAAGAGCUGGAGUCAAUCCUGGCCGAGCGAGGGUUCCAGCCGAUAACGGACUCCGGGACCGGAGACACCGGACCCUUCUGGGCGCACAGGGGACGCAACCUUAUCUGUCCGGACAAGGGUACGCUGAAAAACCCGCUGAGCGUGGAAGAACCGCGCUGGGUAAUGUUCAACCGGAGAGACGCCGACGAUACAGGUAACGACGACUCUCUGUGGAUCACUCAAGGUCCUCGGGGGUUCGACGGGCUCACUUCGCGCGAACAGGAGUUCUGGGUGUCCCGAGGAAAGAAGCUGCGAAGCGAGAAGAAGGACUCUCUCAGAGCUCUGGCGAUGCCGCAGGAUGAGUUCUACCCGUCCCGCGGCAAACGGAGCAUGACAAAACCCAAAUUUUCUUCUUAGGUUUUAUAAAUAAACAUGUUUAUAAACAACCUCUGAUCAGACCCUUGUAAAAAAUAAAUGUUAAAUGUUUUCGAUAAAGUUCUAAACUCGUUACAACUG